CGCACGGGUGCCGGUGUUGUAAUGUGUCCUGUAAUCGUGCUUCAUGAGAGUACCAACAUGGCGGAUAGAAUGCGCAGGUUAUGAUGUUGACACAUUUCGGCCUCGGUUUUACUUGUGCUGUAAUACCGUAGCAUAGGAUAAGCUGUCGGGACCUACUAUGCAUCAAUAGAGACGAAAAUCUGAGCUUUAAUUUGUCUUUGGCUGGAAGCAGCUAUGUUGGAAGGUUUGGUUGCUUGGGUGCUGAACACCUAUCUGGGUAAAUAUGUCAACAACCUGAACACUGACCAAUUGUCAAUAGCACUUCUCAAAGGUGCUGUUGAACUGGAAAAUCUGCCAUUAAAAAAGGAUGCACUUAGGGAGCUGGAGCUGCCGUUUGAAGUAAAAGCAGGAUUUAUUGGCAAGAUCAGGAUUCAGAUACCAUUCUAUCGACCCCAUUUGGAUCCAUGGGUCAUUUCUAUCUCUAAAUUACACAUAAUUGGUGCUCCUGAUAAGCAAGAAGACUUUGAUGAACUGAAAGAGAAGUUGUUGGAGAAAGCCUACAAAAAAGCUCUUUUGAAAACUCUUGAAGAAAAAUGGAAAAGCGAUCAAGAAAGAAAAGGUGAAUCAUACUGGUAUUCUGUUACUGCUUCAAUUGUAACCAGAAUUGUGGAUAAUAUUGAAUUGAAAAUUCAAGAUGUGCAUUUGAGGUUUGAAGAUGGCAUCACUGAUCCUUCUCAUCCAUUUGCAUUUGGAAUUUGCAUAAAAAGUGUGUCUAUGCAAAACGCUGUUCAUGAACCGGUUGAGAGGUCAAUGAAGAAAAAACAGCUUGAUAUAGCAGACUUUAGCAUUUAUUGGGAUGUUAGCAGCACUUUAUUGGGGGAUUUGCCUCCCGGAGAGCUACAGGAUGCAAUGGACAAAAGCAUGGAAAGUCGGGAUCAUCAAUAUAUCUUGCAGCCAAUUUGCACUUUAGUUCUUCUAAAACGAAAUUGUUCCAAAGAGCCGUUGAGGUCAAGGCAUCAGCCUCGCAUUGAAUGUGAUAUAUGUCUUGAGACAAUACCACUGAUCUUGUCUCAGGCACAAUACCGACAGUUUGUGGAAUUUGUGGAUGAGUUUGAACGAAAGGAGAGACAGCUGAAAUUCAGAAAGUGGAAGCCAAAUGUUCCAGUCAGAAAAAAUUGCAAAGAAUGGUGGCUAUUUGCACUGAAUGCAAAUCUUUCUGAGAUCCGGGAACAGAGAAGACGGUCAACUUUGGAUUUUAUUUUACAGCGAGCUCGUGAUGCCAUUUAUUACACUGAUAAACAUUUUGACCGUCUUAAAGGAAUUCAAUUAACUAAUGAAGAGGAGGCUCAGUUGGAUCGCAUAGAGGAAGAGCAGUCAUUUGAAGAAUUAAAGAUUUUACAUGAACUGGUGUUUGAAAGCUUCAAAAAGGAGCAUGAAAUAGCUGAGAAUCUCAGAGAACCUCUUUCAGACCCUUCUGUUAAUUCUCCAACAUCAAGCCUAAAAAACAGCCCUAGUAGCGGAGUGCUGCAAUAUCUACAGUCAUGGUUUCCCGGUUGGGGUGGUUGGUAUGGAAAUUACCAGGAAACAAGUGCAGAAAUAGAAAAAAUAACACAAGAGCAACAGCAGCAGGAACCAUGGGAUUCAGAAAAUAUUAUGGGGUCUGAUGAAUUUUUUGAUCCCAUGGCUGAUUCAGCAAACGUGAAUACAUUUACGAAGAGAGAUAAUGUAUUUGCCAAACUUAAUUUGAAACUGGAAGGAGGCACAGUCACUCUUUUGCACAAGGAGAAAAGCAGUCAAAAAGCACAAGAAACACCUUUCAUGCAGCUUGAAUUUUCUGGGAUGACAGUAAGAGUUGAGUCUUUGCCACGCAGAGAUUCUUCUCUUUUGUUGAUUCAACUAAAUGGGUUGUUUCUUCGAGAUCUUGCUACACAUGGGACCAUAUUUCCUGAUUUGGUGUAUCCUAAUCCUCUGAAGGAAUUGGGCAGCGUGUCUCCAACUUCUAAUACUCACGUAGGAUCUACAGAAACAUUAAGUCCAAGCAAUUCCACUGGCACAGAGGCUCCUGUUUUUAAAAUGUUGUAUGAAAAAAAUCCAAUUCGCAGUGAUUUUGAGAGGCGACUAGAAGUUAGUACAAGGCCCUUGAACAUAAUCUACAAUCCACAAGCAAUUACAAAGGUAGCAGAUUUCUUCUAUAAAGGCAAAGUCCACAGCUCAGGUUUUGGGUACCAGUCAGAACUUGAAUUAAGGGUGGCAGAGGCUGCCAGAAGACAAUACAAUAAACUGAAAAUGCAGACAAAAGCGGAGAUUCGCCAAACAAUUGAUCGGUUACUGGUGGGAGAAUUUAUUGAAAAUAGUAGACGUUGGACGGUGCGCCUUGACAUUUCAGCUCCACAAGUUAUUUUUCCUGAUGACUUUGUGAGUCAAGAUCCAGUAUUAGUAGUGGUCGAUCUAGGAAGAAUUUUACUCACCAAUUCACAAGAUCACUUCAAAGGAAGGGUUUUAGACAACUUGUCUACUGAAGUAAAUGAUUUUAGUGAUGAAGAAUACAAAACACCUUUAGCAACUCCUCCCAGCAGUCCACCUCCCGAGGCCUCUGCUUGUGGAACAGAAGCACCUGGUUCUACAAAAGAAGUACUUAGUGAAGACAAACUAGAAGCAUGCUUACUUAACAACAAGAUGUAUGAGAAAUAUUCCCUCUCCUGUAUGGAUUUACAGAUCAUGGUUGGGCAUGUGAAAGAUAACUGGAAACACAUGCAUGAUGUUGAAGUUGGCCCUGCUCACGUUGUGGAAAAGUUUAAUGUCCUCUUACAGUUACAACGCAGGCUUAUGUACACCUCUGAUCCAAAUUAUCCUGGAGCCAUACUUUCUGGAACAUUACCAGAUCUUAAGAUACAUGUGAAUGAGGAAAAGAUAACUGCACUGCAGAGGUGUUUCACAAGCUUGACUAAUUCAGAAACAAAACCUUCUGAUAAUACACUAAGGAAAGAAAAAAUUUUUAAUGAGAGAGAAAACGGUGGAAGGCUUCAGGACUCUGUAUUGAACUUGACCCAAAGUAUUGUAACCCUUGAGCAGCACACUAGGGAGGUUCUUGUGGAGUCACACCUUCUUUUAGCAGAAUUUAAAAUCAAUUAUAUGCAGUUAGGUGUUGAAAGCUGUGGCCAGUAUAUUUCAGUUCUUAAAGUUUUUGGUUCCAAUGCUCACUUUUUAAAGAGACCUUAUGAUGCUGAGAUAACACUAACAGUCCAUGGUCUACUCAUGGUGGACACCAUGCAAACCUAUGGAUCUGACUUUGAUCUUUUGAUGGCUUCACAUAAAAAUCUGAGUUUUGAUGCUCCAACUGGGAGCCUUCGUGAAAGCCGAGCACAAUCUCCGGUUUCCCCAGUAUCUGAAGCAAAUGAUUUUGCACAACCGAAUACUGGUGUUUUUAAAGAUAAAUAUAAUUCUUCUGAAAACAUUAAUUUGAAAGAUCAGGAAUCACUUAUUAAGAUUGAAUACCAAUUUGUCAGUUCUGAAUGUCCUUCAAUGAAUUUGGACAGCUCACUCCAAGUGACGACUGUUCAAGUGAACAACCUGGAUAUUAUUUUAAACCCAGAAACAAUUGUGGAACUCAUUAGUUUUCUUCAAAAGUCCUUUCCAAAAGAAAAUGUUGAAGCAAGCCCUCAGCCUUUAAAAAGUGAAUUUGAAAGCAAUAUUCUUGAGCAAGAAACAUUCCAGUCCACCUAUGAACAGAACACCCACAUAGCUGUUGAGAUUCAUAGGUUAAACAUACUACUCUUUAGGACAGUUGCUUCACCUGUUGGCGAGAACUGUGCAAGAAAGAUUGCUACUGCUAGCAUUGGCGGUACAAAGGUAAAUUUAUGUUUAGGAAGCAAGUUUGAUAUCAAUGGAUCACUUGGUUGUUUGCAACUCAUGGAUCUUACUCAAGAUACUUCAAACAGUCAGUAUGUCAUCAGCAUUGGCAGUACAACCUCCUAUGAUGACCAAGCAAGUGAUGUUGAAUAUAUGUUUGACAGAAAAAUGUUUAAUCCCAUCCCUAUGGAUGCUUUAAGUUUUACUUUUACUGAACAUUCAAAAGAAGAAUUCAACCUUAAUCUAAAAAUGGCUUCUUUACAUUAUAACCACUCAGCCAAAUUUCUUAAAGAGUUAACAUUAUCUAUGGAUGAAUUGGAAGACAGUUUUCAGAAUAUGCUGAAGACCGCAGCCUCAAAAGUGUCUACAGUACUUGUGAACAAGACAGCUGAAUACAGUGAAAUGGUUUCAUUAUUUGAAACACCACGGAAACACAAGGAUUCCACUCAGUACGAGGACGAAUAUGAUGGUUUAAAUGCAUCCAGUCCUAAAAUGGACACUGUAAAGUUAAUCCUAAAUAUCAAGAUUGAGUCUCCAGUUGUUUCCAUACCUAGAAGUCCUGGUAACCCCGAACUGUUGGUAGGACAUCUGGGACAAAUAUUUAUUCAGAAUUUUGUGUCUGAUGAUGACCUUUCAAGAAGUGACAAACUACAAGUGGAAAUAAAAGACAUCAAGCUUUAUUCCUUGAACAGUAGCCAUAUAAGUGGAAGGAAGGAACCCAGGUCUGCCAGAAGAGAACAGCAUAACCCUCAAACGGUUCACCCAAGUGUCAGUAGUCAGGAAGAUACACUUUUCACACGGCAAGAUUUUUUUGAUUCGCUGCAUAAAAAUGAAGCCUUUCACAUAUUACAGAAUACUAGCAUACAGUUUAAAAUGGAAAAGUUUGCACUUGAACCAGACAACGAAUUGUCUUUUUGUUACAAUGAUGACUCUGUGGAAGUUGGAAGCAUUUUAAAGAUUGAAGGAAAUUUUGUCAAUCAUGUCCAGGUUGUUUUGGCAAAACAUGUAUAUGAACAAGUUUUGCAAACCCUUGACAACUUAGUGUACACUGAGGACAUAAACAAGAUAGAACAAAGUACUCCAUGUACUCCCAGCCAUACCUCCCCAACAGCCUCUGAGUUCAAAAGUCCUGAGACCUUGGGUGAGUUGAAGGAAAGCAUGUUGUUAAACACCUCAAGCUUUAAAUCCUCUGCAAACAGAUCACUUUCUGCUCAGCAAUCUUCUCCUUUUACACAAAUUCAGGCAAACUUUCACAUUUCUGAAUUACAAAUACAGUUAAGUGGAGAUCUCACACUUGGUUCUCAAGGACUUGUUAGUUUAAAGUUUCAGGAAUUCGAUAUUCAAUUUAAUAAGGAUCAUCCUCAGACUUUAGCAAUACAGGUUGCUCUCCGUUCCCUGCUUAUGGAAGACCUUCUGGAAAAAAAUCCGGAUUCAAAAUAUAAAAACCUGAUGGUGUCCCGGGGAGCACCAAAGCCAUCAAGUCUUGCUCACAAAGAGUAUUUGUCACAGUCAUGUCCUUCAGUGUCUCAUAUAGAGUAUCCUGAUAUGCCAAGGUCUCUGCCUUCCCACAUGGAAGAGGCUACAAAUGUCUUCCAGUUAUACCAAAGGCCAACCUGUCCUUCACGUAAGAAGCAGAAUGGGGACCAAGAUUCUGAAUAUCCGUUAACACCACCACCUUCCCCAACAUCACAGAGAUCAAAAACAUCUUGUGCCAAAGAGAACUUUGAUGAUUCAUUGGUUCACAUCAAUGUCUUCUUGGUGGACAAAAAGCAUCCAGAAUUUUCCUCAUUGUACAAGCGAAUCAAUCGUAGUGUGGAUGUGGAUUUUAACUGCCUUGAUAUUUUAAUCACGUUACAGACUUGGGUAGUAAUUCUAGACUUUUUUGGAAUCGGAUCAACAGCAGACAAUCAUGCUGUUAAACAGCAGCCUUCAGAUACCCGGCAAGCACCAAAGUCAGAGAACAGUAUGCCCCUUGUUUCUGAAAACGAGCAUAUCAACACAAAGUUGAAUCUAAAGGUCCAUUCUCUCUCAUUGGUAUUAAAAAAUACAAGAAGUGAACUAGCUAAAGCAAAUGUAUCAAAACUUACAUCUUACCUUGAAAUGAUUGAAGGAGAUUUAGCACUUCAGGGAAGCAUUGGAAGCUUGUCCCUUAGUGAUCUCACUGAACAUGGAGAGGUUUAUACAGAGCGCUUUACUACUAAGGGAGAAGAAGCACUUAUAUUUCACAUUUUCAAGUAUGGUCUUCCUGAUCCUGCUCUGAAAAGAGAGUACGACAUGCGUGUAAGCUUGAGAAUGGCCUCAGUGCAGUAUGUCCACACACAGCGUUUUCAGGCUGAGCUUAUUGCCUUUAUCCAACAUUUUACUCAGUUGCAAGAUGUGCUUGGUCGUCAAAGAGCUGCUAUUCAAGGACAAACGGUCCGAGACCAAGCACAGCGAUCCUCUCGAAUUCUCCUUGAUAUUGAGGCUGGUGCCCCUGUUUUACUUAUACCUGAAAGUUCAUGGUCCAAUAAACUGAUUGUUGCAAACCUUGGCAAACUGAAAGUCAGAAAUAAGUUCCUCUUUUCUGACACACCUGAAACAUUCUCGUUAAAAGAUAAGAGCCUGGUCAAGCCUUCAUCAGCCUUUAUUACCCAAGAGUACAAAACAACAAAAAAGGCAACGGAAGAAAAGUCAAAAAGGGAAUGGGCUUCCAAGGAAGGUUUAUUUAUGGGCCGGGUAUCUGAAAACCAAAGAGAAACAGGUCUUAAUUCUGAUUUUAACAGAAAUGAAGCAAAAAAGAUAUCCACACAUGACAAACACCUAUUGGACAACCCAGAAGACCACAUUUGCUUGCUUGACUGCAUUAUUGUUGACCUUCAAGACAUGGAUAUUUUUGCUGCUGAGAGGUUUUCUCUGGAUUUUAAAGAAGGAUUUGAUGACUUCAGAGCAGAAUUGAUUUUUCCCUCAUACUAUGUCCGACAGGUGGGGAGUAGUCUCUUAACAGAGCGAUGCAGAAUGAAACUGCAGUUAGAGAGAAAUCUGGAUAAAGAAAUAAGCCAUGCAGUUCCGGACAUGUCAAUUCAUGGAAAUUUAUCGUCUGUUCACUGCUCUUUGGAUUUGAGUGAUUACAAGCUAAUUCGAGGGCUAUUGGAGAAUAAUUUAGGAGAACCCAUUGAAGAUUUUAUGAGACCUUAUGAUCUGCAAGACCCAAAGAUACAUACUGUUUUAAGUGGAGACGUUUACACUUGUGUAUCUUUCCUCAUUGACAUGGUAAAUGUAAGCUUGGAACUUCUCGAAGACAAAGGAAAGGAUGGGCUGAACAAUUCACUUGCCAGAUUUGAUUUCAAAAAGUCCAAGUUUUUGUUUGAGAGUUUUUCAAACCAAACCAGAUCCAUCAAUCUGGUCUCCCAUUCAAUGAUGGCAUUUGAUACUCGUUUUGCUGGACUGAAACCACUUACAGCUCACAAGCCUAAUGUGUUCAACUGCAUCUUACAACCAGCAAAGAACAGCAGCAAUCCAGGUUCCUUGCAAAUAGAGUUACAUCACAGAUCUACAAAGGAUACGUCCUGCUUUACAGUCGUUUUAAACAACCUUCGAGUGUUUUUAAUAUUUGAUUGGCUGUUGCUAGUACACAAGUUUCUCCAGACUGCAACUGAACCCAAAAAGCAUGUCCAUAGCUCUUCCUCCUUGGAGCAAAAACAUAGUAAUGCUUCUCCAGUUAUCCCUAAAACUGUGAAAUCAGGAGUAGUGACAAAGCGGUCAUCUUUACAGAUAACUCCUGAGAAGCAGUUGGAAGUUAAGAUCAACGUAACUGGAACGGAGUUUGUGGUGGUUGAAGAUAUGUCUAGCUGUGACACUAAUGCCAUUAUUCUCAAAGGGACCACUGUUCUCACUUACAAGCCCAAGCUUGCCGAUCGGCCUUUUUCUGGCAGUUUGUUUGGAAUUGAGGUAUUUUCGUGCCGCUUGGGUAAUGAACUAGACACCGCUUUGUCCAUCAUUGAUCCUGUUCAUAUUCAGAUAGACCUGGUGGGAAAUUCAGCCUAUCAGAAUAGUUCUGGCCUCAUGGAUGCGUUCAACACUGAAGACUUUCCACCAAUACUUGAGAUCCAGCUACCUGCACUGGAUAUCAGACUCUCAUACAACGAUGUCCAAUUGUUUUUGGCUAUUGCAAAAUCGAUUCCUAAGCAGGCUAGUGCCAGUGGUCCUGAAUCUGCAGUGCAAGAUGUGGAGCCAGUCGCAAGCAAUUCACCCAGCUCACUGAAAGAAAACGAAAGCCCUGCUCUGGGAAGUAGAGAUACUCAAAGACGUUCAAUGGAUCCUCUUCUGAAAAUUCAUCUAGAUAAGCUACAAGAGCUAGGAUUUUCUUUGGAUGAUUGUCGAAAAGCUCUCUUGGCUUCUCAAGGUCAGCUUAACAAAGCUGCAACUUGGUUGUUUAAGAAUGCUGAGCCUUUGAAGCCUUCCACUAGUAACAGGAGUAAUGGAGCUGGAGCACUUCAGUGGAUCUCUGGAGUAGAACUUAAGGCAGAAAGUGUUUGCAUCUGCUUUAUUGAUGACUGCAUGGACUGUGAUGUGCCAUUAACAGAGCUCACCUUUUCACGUUUGGGCUAUUUUCAGCAUUUGGUAUCUAAUCCCAAGGGUUUUGCUGAAUUCAUACUAUUUGGAGAUUAUUACAACCGAGAACUGUCAGGUUGGGAGCCAUUUAUUGAGCCAUGGCCAUGCUCAUUAUCCUGGCAACAGCAAGAAGCAAGUCGACUGCACCCCUCUCGCUUGAAAUUGGAAAUGAAAGCCAAACAACUUCUGAACAUCAAUAUAACCUCUGUUUUAAUAGAUCAGUAUGUAAAUACAAAGGAGGCAUGGUUGGCUGAUUACUGUAAGCAAGAAAAGGAAUGUGAAAUUGAUGCUUCUGAGGAGUGGAUGGGCUCUUCUGUCGAUCCUCCUUGCCUUGGACCAAGCCGUCCUUUAGCCUACCUUAGAACUAGAAGCACAGCCAGUCUGACUAACCUAGAACAUCAGGUCUAUGCUAGAGCAGAGGUAAAGACACCAAAACGCAGGCAACCAUUUGUGCCAUUUGCACUUCUAAAUCACACAGGCUGCACCCUGUGGUUUGCUACUUUAACUACAACUCCUACCCGUGCGGCAUUGUCUCAUAGUGGAAGCCCUGAAGUAGUUCCAGAAGGAGACAAAAAUUUUAUUGAUGAUACACACAAUGUGAGCCAAUGGAUAGAAGUGCUCCCUGGACAAGAGAUACCUUUUGAAUUUGAAACCAGAGAAAAACUCAGGCACAGGCAUACUCAUGAUUUAAGGAUACACCAGCUGCAGGUGCGAGUUAGCGGUUGGGAACCAAUUAGCCCUGUUUCUGUAGACAAAGUUGGAAUAUUUUUUCGCUAUGCAGCUCCUGAUAAGAACCCGUCUUCAUCAUCUGUUGGGAGUCCAAUCAGUAAAACCAACAUUAUACAUCCACAGGUCUAUUUCUCAGCGUUGCCCCCAGUGCGAGUGGUGUUUGCCGUCACCAUGGAAGGCAGUGCCAGAAAAGUCGUAACUAUUCGCUCAUCACUGAUGGUAAAAAAUAAACUGGAAAUCCCAAUGGAAUUAAGACUUGACAGUCCUUCAGCUCCAGACAAACCUGUGAUACUCCCUGCAGUAAUGCCUGGAGAGUCCUUUGCUAUUCCUUUGCACCUUACGUCUUGGAGAUUACAAGCUCGGCCAAGAGGAAUGGGGGUGUUUUUUUGUAAAGCACCAAUUCACUGGACUAAUGUUAACAAGGCAGGAGAGGUUUCCAGUAGUAAACGGGAGUGCCAUUCCAUGGAUGCAGAAAUCAGCAGAUAUUUCAGGUUCUGUGUGGCAAUAAAGAAAGAAAAUUAUCCAGAUUAUGUGCCAUCAAACAUUUUUUCUGACAGUGCAAAGCAAAUAUAUAGGCAGCCAGGGCAUACUAUUUUUCUUCUGCCAACUGUAGUGAUCUGUAACCUACUGCCUUGUGAGCUGAACUUCUAUGUCAAAGGCUUGCCUAUCAAAGGGACUUUAAAGCCAGGUAGAGAGAUGGCUUUGCACACAGCUGAUACAUCUCAAAACUUCGAACUUGGAAUUUGUCUGGAAAACUUUCAGCAUUGCAAAGAGCUUCUAAUCCCACCAGGGACCCAGAACUACAUGGUGAGAAUGCGACUGUAUGACAUGCAGAAGAGACUGUUUAGCCUAACCAUUCGCAUUUCGUGCCAUGCAGAAGGUUCCCUGAAGAUAUUUGUUUCUGCUCCAUAUUGGCUCAUUAAUAAAACAGGCUUGCCAUUGAUCUUCAGACAGGACAACUCUAAAACAGAUGCUGCUGGGCAGUUUGAAGAACAUGAGCUUGCAAGGAGCCUGAGUCCACUAUUGUUUUGCUAUGCUGAUAAAGAGCUUCCAAACCUCUGUACCAUGCGAAUUGGAAGAGGAAUUCAUCCUGAGGGUAUUCCAGGGUGGUGUCAGGGAUUUUCCCUAGAUGGAGGCAGUGGAGUCCGAGCCUUGAAAGUAAUACAACAAGGGAAUCGACCUGGGCUGAUUUACAACAUAGGUAUUGAUGUUAAGAAAGGCAGAGGAAGAUAUAGAGACACCUGCAUGGUCACAUUUGCACCUCGAUACCUGCUAAUAAACAAGUCAACAUACAAGUUGGCAUUUGCUCAGAGAGAGUUUGCAAGGGGACAGGGCACCAAUAAUCCUACUGGUUAUAUUUCAACUCUUCCUGGAUCCAGUGUAGUAUUUCAUUGGCCAAGAAAUGAUUAUGACCAGUUGCUCUGUGUGAGAUUAAUGGAUUUAGACAACUGUGUUUGGUCUGGGGGCUUUGAGGUCAAUAAAAACAAUUCCUUUCAUAUCAAUAUGAGGGAUACUCUUGGAAAGUGCUUUUUUCUGCGGGUAGAAAUCACACUGCAAAGUGCUACUUAUCGCAUUUCGUUCACCAACACGGAACAGUUGCCACCGCCUUUUCGUGUAGAUAAUUUUUCAAAGGUACCAGUUGUAUUUGUUCAACAUGGAGUAGCAGAUCCACGACUGCGUACUGAGGUAAAGUCAGCUACAUCCAUGGAUUAUGCAUUGGAUGAACCUACUCUGCCAUCCUACAUUGCAGUGACUGUAAAAGGAGCUGGCUCUUCAGAUAUUACUUGCAACAUGAAUGACUUCCAAGACAGCAAACAACUUUACUAUGAAAACUUUAUCUACAUUGCUGCAUCUUAUACUUUCUCUGGAUCUUCUGAAGGAAAUGUAAGACUUGUGGGACAAAACUCGAGUAUAACGCAUGCUGAACUGGUUUUGGAUGUUCAUCCCAAGACACUUCGGGUUAUUCUAAAGAAAAAGGAGCCAGGCAAGCGCUCCCAGCUUUGGAGAAUGACUGGCACUGGAAUGUUGUGCCACGAAGGAUCAUCUGCUCCACAUAACCCUAAUAAGCCGCAAAGUACACGGUCCCUUGACUCGUCUUUGGUGCUCGAUAUUGCUGGUCUUGCUGCUGUGACGGACAAUAAAUAUGAACCUCUGAUGCUGAGAAAGCCAGAUCACCGGCGUAGUACAACACAAACAUGGUGUUUUCAGGAUGGGAAAUUAACAUGCAGCUUGCAUGGUUUAGUAGUCCAGGCAAGAAAUGGAACUUCAGGUUUAUAUGAUGGCGCUGAAGUAGUCCUGGGUCCAGAUGCAUCUCAAGACCUUCUGGGAUCAGUACCCAAGGAACAGCAAUUUAUCAACCAAAAGAUGAGACCUGGAUCUGGAGUUCUUAGUGUCAGAGUCAUCCCAGAUGGGCCCACAAGGGUUUUACAGAUCACCGAUCUCAGCCAGCGGAGGAGCAACCGAUUUUCAAAUGAAAUUGAUGAGCUAGCUGAAUUAGAACUAAGAAAAUAUAAAAACCCAGAAGUCAAACAAGAGAUAGAGGUACUUAUAAAAUUACAAGAUGGGAUUGGUAUUUCACUUAUAAAUAAAGUGCCAGAAGAACUAGUGUUUGUAAGCCUCUCGGGCAUCAAUAUUCAUUAUACUCACUUAACAGUAAACCAGGUGCUUGAGCUCAGCGUACAAAAUGUUCAGGUUGAUAACCAGCUAAUUGGCACCACCCAACCUACCAUGCUUUUUGUAACCCCAAGUAGUGCUGAAAGUGAAGAAGAAAUUGGCCCCGCUAUACAAGUUAGUGCAAUGAUGGUCCCUAGUAAGAACAAGCUUUCCACUUUAUUCAAGCACUUGCUGAUAAAAGCUCAAAAAUUUACAGUGCAAAUCGAAGAGAAGCUGCUUCUAAAAUUGCUGAGUUAUUUUGGAUUUGACCAGUCAGAAACAGGUGUUGAAAAGUGGGAUGAGAAUAUCCAUGACAAGCCGUCAGAGGAAAAUAAAUCACAACAGAGAUAUUAUUUUGAGAACCUGAAAAUAUCAAUACCGCAAAUUAAGCUGAGUGUGUUUACUUCAAAUAAACUCCCUCCAGAUCUCAAGGCUUUGAAAAGCACCUUGGGAUUUCCCCUCAUCAAGUUUGAAGAUGCUGUGAUUGAUUUGGAUCCAUUCGCAAAGGUUCAUCCAUAUGAGACACAGGAGUUCAUUAUUAAUGAUAUCAUUAAACAUUUUCAAGAGGAGUUGCUCAGUCAAGCAGCUAAGAUUUUAGGCUCCGUAGACUUCCUUGGUAAUCCAAUGGGUUUGUUGAAUGAUGUGUCUGAAGGAGUAACCGGGCUUAUCAAAUAUGGAAAUGUUGGUGGCUUAAUAAGAAAUGUCACGCAUGGAGUAUCCAACUCUGCUGCAAAGUUUGCAGGAACCCUUUCUGAUGGAUUGGGAAAGACUAUGGACAACCGGCACCAAACUGAACGAGAAUAUAUUCGAUAUCACGCAGCAACCAGUGGGGAGCAUCUUGUAGCUGGAAUUCAUGGGCUUGCUCAUGGAAUCAUUGGUGGUCUUACAAGUGUAAUAACCUCAACUGUUGAAGGAGUCAAAACUGAAGGGGGAGUCAGCGGCUUCAUUUCUGGGUUUGGGAAAGGUCUGGUUGGAACAGUAACCAAACCUGUUGCUGGAGCUUUGGAUUUUGCCUCGGAAACAGCUCAAGCCGUCAGAGAUACUGCAACUCUCAGUGGGCACAGGAUUCAGUUUCAGAGAAUCCGGAAACCCCGCUGCUGCACUAGUCCUCAGGGACUUUUACCAAGAUACUCUGAAAUUCAAGCUGAGGGUCAGGAACAGCUCUUCCGACUGACAGACAACAUCCAGGAUGAGUUCUUUAUUGCAGUCGAGCACAUAGACAGCUACUGUGUUUUGAUCUCCUCCAAAGCUGUCUAUUUUCUCAAAUGGGGAGAUUAUGUGGACCGCGAUGCCAUCUUUCUGGAAAUAAAGUACGACGACCUGUAUCACUGCCUAGUUUCAAAGGAUCAUGGAAAAAUCUAUGUGCAGUUAACCAAGAAAGCGGAAGUAACCAGCAGCGGCAUUGCUAUGCCAGGUCCUUCUCAUCAAAAGCCAAUGGUCCACGUCACCUCCGAAGCCCUCGCUGUGAAAAUAUCUCAAGAAAUAAAUUAUGCUAAAAGUCUUUAUUAUGAGCAGCAACUGAUGUUAAGGCUUGCUGAAGAUCAAGAACAUUUGGAAUUGGACUCUUAAGGCAACGGCCAAUCAGAAGGCCCCGUCGUGGCUCAUUCCUAACAACUGAAUUCUGCCAACACUGGGUCUGUGCACAUCCACCAUCAUUGUGAAAAGGUUUGUUUGGGAAGUCGCCAGUGAAUCACACUGGAACAGGAAUCUAGGGGUCUACCACUGCAAAGCAAAGCAUUCUACUGCCUUUUAAGUGUAUUUGAAAUAGGGGGAUAAUUUAUAUGAUGGGUUACUAAUAUAUAAGAUGUAUAUGUGUGUAAUUAUAUACAUUUAAAUAUGUACUCAUUUUAAAGAAAUACCUUUAUUUUGCUAAUGUGUAAAUAUGUACAAUCUGUGAGUUUGUGUAAAUACAGAGAAAAUGAAAAUCUGGUUUGAGUAGCAUCACAUUUGUUUAGAGUGUAAAAGUGAAAUGAAAGGAAUGAUAAGAUUACAUUGCACUGAUUCUGUGUGUCUCUGCUGCACCAGGUAUAUCGGGGACAGUUUUGCUAUAGGACAUUAUACUCACAGGAAUAUAAAGGCAACAGUUUUCAGUUAAUCAGUUUUUUUUCUCAAAUGUCCUUAGCCCUUACACUGCAACUGAAUCGAGGGCUUUCUUUGGACACAUGGCAGUAAUAAAAUGUUGGUUUUCUGUACUCCAAAAAUAUCUACUGAUUCCAUAACUCAAAUAUUCAUAAAUAAAAUGUUUGUUUAACCCAA